AUGACCGUUUUAGUGACUGGUGCCAAUGGGUUCAUCGCUCAACACAUUGUGCAUGCAUUAUUGCAACAAGACUAUCAAGUAAUCGGGACUACUAGAACUGAGGACAAAGCUAAGCGUCUUUUGGAGCAUUUUGAAGGAAAUCGUAAAUUAAAAUUUGAAAUCGUUCCUGAUUUUACUCCUCUCAAUGCCUUUGACAGUGUCUUCAAAAAAUAUGGGAAGGAGAUCGAUAUAGUUCUCCACACAGCUGCAACUAUUCCAAGUCCUAGAGGAGACAGUUAUAAAAAAAAUAUUGCGCUUCCUACCCUUGAAGGUACCAAGAAUAUUAUUAAUGCGAUUAGAAAGUAUGGUAAUGGUACUGUCAAACAUUUAGUUGUCACUUCAACCGCAGGUUCAAUACUAGAUUUUUCCAAAAUGCAAGAUAGCAGUGUCACAUUUACAGAGAAAGAUUGGAAUCCGGUGACUCUGGACCAAGCAGAUUCAAAUCCCUAUUUAGCAUAUAUGGCUGGUAAAAAAUAUGCCGAAUUGGAAGUUUGGAAUUUUGCCAAGGAGAACAUUUGUAAAGUGACAACAAUACAUCCCCCUUUCGUCUUUGGUCCCUGGAGGUUCGAUGAUUAUGCCAAGGAUGGCUUACCACCUUCUAAUCAAGUGACUGAAUCUAUAAUCCAUUCUUCUGCUGGUGAACCACUAACAUUUGAACGGAAAUCACACUUUGCCGAUGUGCGUGAUGUUGCAAAUGUACAUUUAUUAGCUUUCCAAAAGGAAUCUGUCUCGGGUCAUAGAUUGAUUCCCAACGGCGGUAAGUUUACUCCACAAUUGGUUGCCAAUAUUUUGAAUGCCGAUUUCCCUCAGCUAGAGGGUAAGAUUAGCAAGGGUCCCAAGCCUGGUGAUAGUGACGAUGACAUUGGCGCCCAAUUUGACACAACGAUAUCCGACAAAAUUUUAAAUAUUGAAUAUAAAGGUUUGGAAGAAUCCAUCUAUGAUACUGCUGCUCAAGUUUUAAGAGUUGAAGGCAGAUGGUAG